AUGGAUUUUUACGAUGAUAUGAGCAAGAUGGUCACAAUGAUGCUCCUGCUGAGGAGAAGAAAGAAAGCCUUGGAUCAAAAGAGAAAACGGCAGCGUCGCUUCUGGGUUCAUCCGCUAAUCUCUCAGAGGCUUUCUAUAGGGCAUUUCUCCAUUUUGUUCAGAGAUCUUCGAAAGUAUCCAGAGAAGUUUUUCAGCUACACUCGGAUGUCUGUUGAUACUUUUGAUGCUCUUUUGGAGGUACUGCGUCCUAGAUUAAUGAGGAUGACCACAAAUAUGAGGAAGAGCAUAACCCCUGAAGAACGUCUAAUUGUAACCCUAAGGUAUCUUGCCACUGGUGAGUCGUUUGCUUCCCUCCGUGUUCUUUUCUUGAUGGGCACUACAACAAUAGGGAAGAUUUUAAAAGAAACAUGCCAAGCCAUCUGGGAAGAGCUAAAAAGUUCCAUGAUGCCUGAGCCUACAGAACAGCAGUGGUUGGAGAAUGCAGACCUGUUCUGGCAGCUUUCACAGUUUCCAAAUUGUAUUGGGGCAUUAGAUGGGAAACAGAUUCGGAUUCUAAUGCCUCCAAUGUCAGAAGCAAGGGCAUAUAAUUACAGAAGACAUUUUUCAAUAGUGCUAAGUGCUAUAGCGGACAGUUCCUAUAAUUUUAUGGCCAUAGAUGUCUUUGGCAGUUCUACUGACACCAAGUCCUUCCGCUCUUCUCCUAUGGGACGAAAACUGGCAGAGGGAAAAUUUAACAUUCCACCAAGGCAACCACUGCCAGGAAAGAGUGAGCCAGCUGUCCCAUUUGUAAUGGUUGCUAGUGAAGCAUUUGGACUUUCUGAAAACCUUCUUUGUCCUUAUGCCCAGAGAGGGCUUACUAAGAAAAAAAAAGUUUUUGGUUACAGACUAGGCAAAGCGAGACGUAUGGUGGAGUGUGCCUUCAAUAUUCUAUCAAAUAAAUGGCGAGUUUUAAACAGCACAAUGCAGCUGAAUGUGGAUACAGCAGCCACUGUUGUACAAGCUUGUUGCAUCCUUCACAAUUAUGUUCACCAGAAAGAAGGGCAUACUGAUGAUGAAAUUGUGAAAGAUCACCUCAUACAAGUGGACUUUAAGCCUGUACGUGCUCCUUUGUAUGUGCAUAGAAUCCGGGACCUGUUCUCUGACUACUUUAUGAGCACAGUCGGAGAGGUUUCAGGACAACACUCCACUGAACAGUGA